AUGGAAGAGACACCAAAGGGACUCCAAAGGACAUGUGGAAGGGACACCCAAGGGACUCCCAAAAGACAUGGAAGAGACACCAAAGGGACAUGGAAGAGACACCCAAGGGACACCCAAGGGACACCCGAAAGACAGGGAAGAGACACCAAAGGGACAUGGAAGAGACACCCAAGGGACACCAAAGGACAUGUGGGAAGGGACACCCAAGGGACACCAAAGGACACGUGGAAGGGACACCCAAGGGACACCCAAGGGACACCCAAGGGGCACCCAAGGGGCACCCAAGGGACACGGGAGGGACACCCAAGGGCACCAAAGGAUACCCAAGGGACGCCCAAGGGACACCCAAGGGACACCCAAAAGACAGGGAAGAGACACCAAAGGGACAUGGAAGAGACACCAAAGGGACUCCAAAGGACAUAUGGAAGGGACACCCAAGGGACACCAAAGGACACAUGGAAGGGACACCCAAGGGACACCCAAGGGACUCCCAAAAGACAGGGAAGAGACACCAAAGGGACAUGGAAGAGACACCCAAGGGACACCCAAGGGACACCUGAAAGACAGGGAAGAGACACCAAAGGGACAUGGAAGAGACACCCAAGGGACACCCAAAGACACCUGGAAGACACCCAAGGGACACCAAAGGGACAUGGAAGGGACACCCAAGGGACACCCGAAGGGACACCCAAGGGACACCAAAGGACAUGGAAGGGACACCCAAGGGACACCCAAGGGACACCCGAAGGGACACCCAAAAGACAGGGUAGAGACACCAAAGGGACAUGGAGGAGACACCAAAGGACACCAAAGGACACGUGGAAGGGACACCCAAGAAACACCCAAGGGACAUGGGAGAUACACCGUAAGGGAUAA